AUGGAGAUCCUGCCCGCCAUGCCAAGUGUUCAUUCAGCGUCCUCCCAGCGGCACAGAGAAGAUCCCAUGUUUGUGGAGCUGAGCUGUGGUGCUGGUCCCAUCCACGUGGUUCUGGAGCCUCCUCGUCCUCUGCUGCUGGACUGCCACCUGGGGAGCGCCGAGACGCCGCUCAACAUCACCUGGCUCCAGGACGGGGUGGUGCUGAGCGAGAGCGAGGGCGUCCGGCUGCUUCCCAACAGCUCCCUGCUGCUACUGCCCUCGCGUGAUGGGAAAGUGUCAGCAGGAAUGGAAGGAGCCUACAACUGCCUUAGUGGGAGCUCCUUCGGGACGCUCACCAGCCGCAGUGUCACUCUGCAGCUGGCCAGACUUUCAGCUUUCCUCCGGGACCCUGAGCCUCAGGUUGUACCGGCCGGGGGUACUGCACGCUUCGAGUGCCACAUAGACGGCGUACCUGCUCCCAGCAUCACCUGGGAGAAAAACCAUAUGCCGCUCCCCAUACCUGCUGAACCAGUCAAUACACCGAGGUUUGUAACUCUUCCAAAUGGCAUCCUACAGAUUUUGGACAUCACGGCAGACGAUGGGGGUCUGUACCGCUGCGUAGCUUCUAACUCUGCUCACACACUCUACAGCCAAGAUGCUUCACUAACUGUUACAUCAGGUCCUUCAGAGGAGAGCAAGGUGAUGAUCGUAGCCCCUCCGCGAGACUUGACGGUAGUUUUGGGGCGGCCAGCGGUGCUGGAGUGUAUGGCUUACGGCCAACCCAAACCUUUCGUGUCCUGGAGUAGACAAGAUGGGAAACCCAUCGCUGCAGAAGUGCUCGUCCUCGCCACCAACCUCAUCAUACCUCACACACUGAGUCACCACGCCGGAGUGUAUGUGUGUCGCGCCAAUAAGCCCAAAACGCGAGAGUUCGUCUCGGAGUCCGCUGAGAUCCGUGUGCUGGCCCCUCCGGUGAUUGUGAAACCUCCUGAGUCGGUCUCGCUCUCUCGGGGGAACACGGCUAGGUUCGUGUGUAACAGCUUGGGUUCUCCGGCUGCAUCUCUGCUCUGGCUGAAGGACGGCGAGCGUCUUCACUGGACAGCGCGGGUGAAGACUCAGAGCCCCGGCGUUCUCCUGAUCAACCAGCUGCGGCCGGACGAUGCCGGAUAUUACCAAUGCCUCGCCUCCAACGUCCUGGGCACCGCCUGCGCCACUGCCAAACUGUCUGUCAUUGUGAGGGCGGGGCUUCCCAGUCCUCCACUUCACCUCCAGGCCACGCCUCACUCCAGCACCUCCGUCCUGCUCACGUGGGAUCCUCCAGAGCACAACCGCGAGCAGGUCAUCGGCUUCUCCAUCCACUACCAGUGUGCCGUAGCAGGUUUUGAUAACAUGGAGUAUCAGUUUGCGGUGAACAACGACACGACGGAGUUCCAUGUGAAGGAGCUGCAGCCUCGCACGGCCUACACCUUUUACAUGGUCGCUUAUUCGCCCAUGGGAGCCAGCCGUCCAUCUCAGUCCAUCACUGUGGAGACGGUGGAGGAUGCAGAAGACGUGUUCUCAGUGGAGCUGGAUGGAAACGAGACCCAGGUGACCCUGAAAGAUCUGAAGCCCAGUCAGACAAACCGGUUACAGAUCGCAGCAGGAACACGUGCAGGAUUUGAUCGUUUAGAAUGGACCUUUCCCCAAACGCCCAAUCUUACUCAGGUGCUCUUUCCUCCCACUGAGCUCAAAGUGACAGCUAAGAUGCAUUCCCUCCACAUCACUUGGCAGCCGCCGCCCAAUCACACGCAGAUCACCAGCUAUAAACUGGCCUAUAGGGAAGUGGAUGGUGAUGAGGCGGCCAAUCAGGAGAGUCCUGCAGCUGACGCGUCAUCACCCAUCAGACUACGCAAGCGAGUAAAGCAUUACGAAAUCACGGGCCUCGCUCCUGAUCGUCUGUAUGAAGUCAAAGUGUGGGCAUGCAAUAAGCAGGCUGAAGGCUAUCCUGCCAUCUGGAAGGGCCGGACUGAGAAAUUCACUGAUCGAGUUCGACCCCUGGACCACCCUCCCCCACUGCCCCCCAGCAGUGUGAAAGCUCAGGCUAACAGCUCCACGUCCAUCUGGCUGCGGUGGGAGAAACCGCCAUUCAGUAACGUACGCAUCAUUAACUACACGGUACGCUGCAGCCCUGCGGGUAAUCGCAACGCCUCACUCGUCUCCUACUACACCAGCACGUCUCAGGAGAUCCUGUUAGGUGCACUGAAACCCUUCACUCGCUAUGAGCUGGCCAUCCAGUCCAACGGCGUUAGCACUGGCGGCCCCUUCAGCAGCACGGUGGAAGAGUCCACACUUGCUGACAGACCCUCAUCUCCACCUACGGACCUACAGCUGAGUGCCAUAGACUCCUUCUCGGUGUUGGUGAGCUGGCGCCCCCCUCUGGAGCCUAAUGGCAUUAUUGUAAGCUAUCAAAUGCUCUACAGUGGCAACCUCAGUCAACCCGAUGACCUGUGGACCAACCUGAGCCAUGACGGCUCUGUCACUAGCACAGAGAUUCUGGGUCUUAUGAGCGGGACGCGGUACUACUUUAAGAUGGGGGCGUGUACGGAGGUGGGAGUCGGGCCGUUCUCUCCUAUAAAGGAUGUACACACACCUCCGAAGAAAUACGAGUUGGACAUUCAUGCUGUCACCGGGAUCAUUGUUGGUGUGUGUCUUGGUCUUCUCUGCAUCCUCAUCUGCAUGUGUGUUAGCUUCCGCAACGGAAAAAGCCGCGAUGCCCCUGGAGGACUAGAACCCAGUCUGAUGAACCCCCAGUACCGCCGGAGCGCCCAUCCUGUACCCGCUGUCGUACCUAACUGCACAGAUUGCCAUGAACUGGAGACUCUAAUGCCCCCUGGAGACCCAGCUCAUGUCCCAGCUCUGCCCCUAACUGAACCUAAUGAACAGCAAAGCCUCAUGGGUAGUGUAGGUGGAGCUUAUGGUGCACCAACAGAUCUGAAGCCGAGCUGGAAUGGUUCAGUGAGCCGGGAGUGGGCCAGUCGGAUCAGCACCUACAGGGAGACGAUAACAGAAAAUGCACCAUGUCUCGUUAACGGACCUUGGGACACGAAGGAGAGCAAGAACAGUCAUGAGGAGCAUCUGCAGUCUCUUGGCUCGAACCAAGUAGAGGCUGACGUGAUUGUACACUCGGAGCUGUCUGAUCCAGUGGAGGAGGUGCAGGAGCUUCAGAGUGACACCACUCUCUCUCUGGGGUCUCCUGUUUCACACUUCUCAUGCGCAGAGGAUGCUCCACCACCAUCGUUAUCCUCAGUCAAACAUGACACUGAAAUCCACCCUGGAUCUCCACAUAGCCCCAACCACUUUCAGGAUGUACUGGCUAAUCACAACGGGCCGCUAGAAAACGGGCUAGCCCAGCUGACUUUGGGAGGUGUUUCCGAAGAUGGGGUAUCCCCCGAACACCUUCAGGCCACUCUAGAGAACGGAGAUCACAGACUCCGCCCUUCAAGGAAAGUUCUAUCUCAGAUAGGACUGCCCACUUCCCCUCCAGCCUUCGCUACGUCUGGCCUCGUCCACUCUACCUCAGGUUCGCACAGCUACCUGUGCUCCUAA